GGCUGCUGUCCCUGAGCUGCCCUACUUCCCUGUCAUUGAUGCUUCCAUUGCCGAGCCUGUCGAUGCUCUUGUUGCCACCUACACUCAGCAGGAGGUCAAGGCGGCCAAGGUUAGAUGGCUUCGCCGGGCCAAGGACAACCUUGGGGUUGCCAGGUCAUACGUGAAGCGACGUGCUGACCAGCAAUUGGAGUGGGAGCGCACAAGGGCUGACCUCCGGGCUCCGACCUCUGGCCGGCGCCCGGCUGUGCAGGUCGAUAUCCAGGAUGCUAUCUGGACUCAGAAGUGGAGAAGGUGCGACGCUGACACCUCCGCUGCGGUUGUUGAGGUCUUGCGCGAGGUUCCCCGGCCGCCCGAGGUCCAGGUGAACUUUCAGAUUUCAGCGCCGCAGCUUCAAGCCGCCCUUCGAGCCAUGCGUCACAAAUCUCACGGUCCUGACCACUCAACGGCUGAGGCCCUUCUCCUUCUCCCCGCCGCUUGGUGGGAUCGCUUGGCGGCCUUGUGGCAGCGAGUUCUUGAGCUUGGCUGCCGGCAGAUUGGUGCAAUAGUUGGUGCAGUCGCCAUGAUGCGGGAUGUUGCUGGUUUCUUCGAUUCUCUGGACCCUGCCCAUGUGGUCCUCGUCCUGCAGCACCUGCGGGCACCAGAGCCCCUCGUCAAUUUGAUUCGAAGCACUUGUCGGCACAGCUCUCGACUUUUCGCACUGCAAGGCGCGUUGGGGUCGGACUGGAGAUCCCCGGGGCGCGGCCUCCCUCAAGGCUGUCCCCUUUCUCCUACCGUUGCUGCAGCCGUCUCGCACGUCUGGGCGGCCUUGGUUCUGCACGCUGUCACCCAGACUCCUUCAGAAGUCGAUGGGUAUGCCUAUGUGGAUGAUCGCUGCAUUAUGCUCUGCCCUAACUCCCCUCUUGAGGCACUCAGGGGUGCUUUGUCACGCUCCGAUCGGUUCGAUGCCGCUUUUGGACUGAACGUCUCUCUGCAGAAGUGCGCAGUUGUUGGACCCUCUCAUGAUCUGGAGGUCCAGGCCUUUGCCCGUGAGCGAGGGUUCUCCUCCGUCUUCGCCUGCUACGUGGCAUUUGCGUGCGAACCAGGGAUUCCCGUUCAGGCCAUUAAGCAUGAAGUGUACCACUUGUUCCAUGCGCAUGCCCAGCAUGGUGCGGCCCGGGUUCUUUUCUUUGAAGUUGUUGGGUGGUGCUUGGAGCCUCAAUAUGCCAUGGAUGCGUCCACACUUCGUGCCAUGUGGAGAAUCGUCAUCAGGCCUCCUGCCUGGCUCGAUGAAGUUCCACUUUCUCAAGCCUUCCCGUGCCCUGGCAAGCUGCUGCCACUGCUCAACUCCACGCUCCAACGCCUGGGCUGGUGGAUCUCAGGUGACGGCAAGACCCUUCAUCGUACUGAUGAUCAGGGACGUGUACGAACCAUUGGUGUGGGGCUUGAGUCCUUCAGAUGUGUGCUACGGUGGCUUACAUACCACUAUCGCAAUCUGUACGUCAGCACGACGGCGCGCGUGUGGCACCCCGUGCAGCGUGAGCAGCCUGCAUUUGCCAUCGGGGCCAGCAACUGGCACUUCAAUGCAGGUGGGGACUUCGGACCUGAGCAUGCCCGACGCCGGUGCUGCUGCGGUGACCUUGCCCCGUCUCGACCUCAUCUUGCUUGGGCUUGUGAGUCCUUUGCCGAAUGCCGUGUGGGCAUUGAAUCUCCGGCGGAUCGAGCGGCCGAGCGGCUCCUGGCCAGGCCUGUGUCUCAACACCCGCCGGCACCAGUUGCCAUCGACCUUCGUGACUUUCAGGAGGAGUUACAAGCUUGCGUUGCUCUGCACAUCGCUUCACCCAUAAUCUUCUUGGCGACCGACGGCUCCUCCAGAGAAGAUGUGGGCAGCUUUGCGGUGACGGUGCAGGAUGCUUUGAAUGUCUUUGCUGCUGGCGAUGACGCUGAGGACCAAACUCCAUUCAGGAUGGAGCUUCAGGCCAUCGUGUAUGCUCUCAGGGCUGCUGCGUCGGCUUGCACAGAUCCUCAACUUCAACAUCUGCGUCGCUGCCGGCGCCUCUUCUUGGCGGUGGACUGCCAAUCGGCCAUAGCCGCCAUCGAAGGGACCGGAGGCUUCGACUAUCUGCUCCUCCUGCUGGAGAUUCGUCAUCAUCGGCGACGACUUCUGCAAUAUGGGGUUCGAGCUGAGUUCAUCUGGACUCCUGCGCAUGGGCGUUGCGCGACUUGGAUGCCCACACGUGGACACGACCCUGCCUACCUUCGAGCUCUCAACGCUGCUGCGGACAAGGCCGCAAAUGACUCCAUGACCAGACGCUGGGCCAACUCGGCCAGGCGGGCCUGGAGGCAACAACUUGCACUGGCCGAAAAGUGGGAGUGGGACGCUGUCCACAUGGUCGCCAACAUUGCUGACCGCCACCAUGCCUACCUCAAAACACUGGGCACCAGGCCCAGGGAGUGA